UUAGCUGCAUAGUUUCUAUCAACUAGUUUCCACUGAAGCUACCUGUGAGUUGGUGCUGAUUCGUGCAUAAAUACAUUCUGGUGCACUGCAGCGUCUCUGAGGAUCAUGUUGUAAACGAAUAAGAUAGUUAAGAAGCAAAGGUUAUAUAGGGAUUCAAGUGCUUUGAAAAAAACAACUUUCAAGAUGCUGGUUCCAAUUUUCACCCUGAAGUUGAAUCACAAGAUCAACCCACGUAUGGUAACUGUGGGGAAAUAUGAUGGUAAACACCCCUGUCUCACCUGUGCUACCACUGCUGGCAAGGUGUUCAUCCACAACCCUCACACACGUGGAGAGAGAGGAGGAAGAAUGGAGGGUUCAGCAGACACAGACAUCAGUUUACUGAACAUCAACCAGGCAGUGAGUGCAGUGUGUGCAGGGAGACUGGACGCUUCCAAACCAAAUGACAUCCUGAUGGUGGGCACACAGACCAACCUCCUGGCAUAUGACGUGGACAAUAACUCAGACUUGUUUUAUCAAGAUACCCCUGAUGGUUCCAAUGCUAUCAUAGUGGGUCACCUGGGCUCCAUAGAUACCCCUCUGGCUGUGGUGGGGGGCAACUGCUCCCUACAUGGAUAUGAUUAUGAGGGCAAUGACCCCUUCUGGACAGUAACAGGUGACAAUGUUUGCUCCCUGGCCAUGCUAGACUUUAAUGGGGAUGGAGUUAAUGAGUUGAUAGUUGGAUCUGAAGACUUUGACAUCCGAAUAUUCAAAGAAGAUGAAAUCAUUGCAGAAAUGACAGAGACAGAGACCAUCACAUCCCUGUGUAAAAUGAUGGGGAGUAGGUUUGGUUAUGCCUUGGCCAAUGGAACAGUGGGUGUAUAUGACAGGACAGCCAGGUACUGGAGGAUUAAGUCCAAGAACCAGGCAGUCACUAUCAACAGUUUUGAUCUGGACGGUGAUGGUGUGCCCGAGUUGAUCACAGGGUGGAGUAAUGGCAAGAUUGACGCCCGCAGUGACAGAACUGGAGAAGUUGUGUUUAAGGAUAAUUUCACAAAUGCAGUGGCAGGAAUCGUUGAUGCUGAUUAUAGACUGGAUGGACAACAGCAGCUGAUCUGUUGUUCAAUAGAAGGAGAAGUCCGUGGUUAUAAAGCAGCACCCCAGGAAAUGAAGGGCAACCUGAUGGACACUAACGUGGAGCAGGAGACGAUCCGAGAACUCAGCCAAAGAAAACAGAAUCUCCUCCUUGAACUGAAGAAUUAUGAAGAGAACCAGAAAGCUGCCCAGUCCAGCAGACCGUCUGGCUUGGGGGACCUGGACCAGGGCCAGAUGGGCAUCAUUCCUGCUAACACUCAGUUACAAACUACUCUACAAGUCAAUCAUGGGAAGGAGGGUAAAGCUCCUCAUGUUGAACUAAAUGUUUGUACUACAAAUGACACAGUUGUAAGAGCAGUGCUGAUAUUUGCUGAGGGCAUAUUUGAAGGAGAGAGCUAUGUUGUUCACCCAGUCAAUGUGGGAGUCAGCUCCAGUCUAAGAGUUCCUAUCAUUCCACCCAAGGACGUCCCUGUGGAUCUUCACAUCAAAGCUUUUGUAGGAUUAAGGAACAGCAACCAGUUCCAUGUGUUUGAGUUGACCAGGCAGCUGCCAAGGUUCUCCAUGUAUGCCCUGUGUGGAGGGGACGUACCAGAACCCAAGAGUUCUGUAGUGUUCCAAGUCAAUGAAAGAGUACAGAGGGUUCUUAUGUGGAUCAACCAGAACUUCCUGCUUCAAGAAGACUUGGUCUGUCCUGGCGCUCUGGACGCCCGCUUCAUGUCUCUCAGGGGGGCGGGACCUCUGUGUGUCAAGAUGGAAACUAACGGACAAGUAACAAUCAAAACAGAUGACAUGGAUGUGGCUGCAGAAGUAAUUCAGAGUCUUGCAUUGUUCCUGAAGAUUGAAGAUCUACAGGUGACGGCUGACUUCCCUGAUGAAAUGGAGGCUCUCAGGCUGACACUGAUUAAAGUUGAUGAUUUCCAUGCUGUUAGACAGAAACUGACAGCAGAGAUGGCGGACCACUCCAACCUCAUCAGGAGCUUGGUGGUGAGGGCAGAGGAUGCCAGACUGAUGGGAGAUAUGAAGAACAUGAAGAAAGGUUACAUGGAACUGUUUGAUCUGAACAAAGAUCUGAUCAAUGGCUACAAGAUAAGAUGUAACAACCACACAGAGCUGCUGAGCUGUCUGAAACAAGUCAAUCAAGUCAUUCAGAAGGCAGGAAAGCUGAGAGUGGGUAAGCACAAGACACAAGUAGUGAACGCCUGCAGAGACGCCAUCAAGAACAAUAACGCAAGUUCUCUCUUCAAGAUAAUGAGAUCAGGAGCUGUCACAACAUAAUGUCCUUGACAUCAUGAAACUAUUACUAUACGGACACAGACAGAUGUAUGCUUUUACAUACUCCUCAAGAUAAUGAAAUCAGGAGCUGUAACAACAGUGUCCUUGUAGUUGAGAAACUAACACUACAAAGACUGUGGCAGACAUGCUUUUAUAUACUUUUCAAGAUAGUAAAAUCAGGGCCCAUAACUCGAAAGCAUCGUGUAUUGCAAAUAGCGAUAUCACAUAGAGGCUACAUAUUGUAUGGGCGAGUUAUGGAAUCGAGACACUUGCGCUCGGUUGCAUUGCACAAUGCUUUCCAGUUACAGGGCCCAGGAGAUGACAUAAUGUCUUUGUCAUGGUGAGUUUGGAAACAAAAGGAAGAUAGUCACACAGACUGACAUAAUUACAUGUACUCUUUGUACCUGGAGGACAUUGGGAUAUAAAGGGAAGGCCAACCAUUCAUUUCUCAUUCAUCAUUAGCAACCUUGAAUUGUCAUCUCCCAAACAUCAUGCUUUUAGUAAUCUUGAUAUUUUAAAUACCAUUUUAUGUAGGCGUUUUUUUUAUUUUUUUAUUUAUUUAUUUAUUUAUUUUUUUUUUUUUUAGCUUGUCUGAGUUUAGUCCAAUCUUUGCAUCCAGCUAAAGGCAACCAUUCAUGCAUGGUUCAUGUUUUAACUUUCAUUGUGUAAAAGAAAAAGUUGCCAGGACUUCUUGAGUACAUUCAGCAACCUAAAUCUUGUAGCGUUAAUGUGACUAUUUAUUUAGAGAAAAAGGAAAAUGCUGUUUUAUUUGUUUUUUUUUUUCAAUGAAAGACUCUCAAGUUUUUGGGAUAGAAUUGCAGCAUAUGUCUGCUUAGAAUUCCGUCCACGUGUAAUGUUAAGAGUAUCAGGUAUAUGGCAUUGCCACCAUCAUUUCAAUGGGGAAAAUUGUGAAAUUGUAUAUUCUUUUAAAGUCAUAGAUUCUUAAAUAUAGGGCAUUCCUAUUGAGUGGUAGCAACAUAAUUGAAAAGCAGGCUACAUUAAAGUUCUAUUCAGUUUAAGCACCUCAAAUGCUAUACAAAAUAUAUCAAUCAUAUUUUGGAAGAUUCCCAAAUUAUUUAUUGGAAAGAUUUAUAAUUUUGCCCAUUGAAAAAAUGAAGAAAAGAUCAGAUUUUUUCUUUGUCAUUUCAUUAAUAGUAUUAAAAUAUGUAUUGUAUAAUGUAUGAGGUAUAUUCUAGAGCAGGGAUUGUUUUAAACAUUGUGAUACAAGUAGCAGUAGACAAAAAAAUAUAAAACAGUCUGUGGUCAGCUGUUUCCAUGCACACAUUUCGAAUUAUACCAGUGUAUGGUUGCGAUAUUUUGAUAAGUGAAUCUAAAAAUUGAUGUGCAUGUCUGUAAGAGCAAGUGCACAUGUGUGUGAAUGUGUGUGUGUGUGUGUGUGUAAGCAUGUGUGGUUAUGUGUAAGUUUGUGUGUGUAAGAGAGAAAGAGAGAGAGAGAGAUGCUUGCAAGCACAGGAACUGUCUGUUCUCAUGAAUUCACAGCUGUACUUAACUAAUAGAAAACUCAAAGGAGUCAGGUGUGAUGUUGUGAAGUAAUUGUAAUGUCUGCUCUUUGAAGUAUAAUAUGCUUCAUGUUUUUCUUUUAUUUUUAUUGUAGUUUUUUUUCCAAAGAAUACACAUUUUCUUGAAAUCAUUGUGUUUGUAAUGGAUUCUCAUGGUUUCAUGUUGAUGGCAGUUGCACCGUAAAUAAUUUCCUGUGAUGAGUAGGUUGAGUUUCACGUCAGAUGAAAGGCAGAGAAAAUUGAGCAGCCAGUCACAGCACACAGUCAAAGACUCACGGGCUUACUUUCCUCUUGGACUUUUAAUGGAUGCCAUUUAAUUUUCCUUUUCUAUUCUUACUUGCGUGAUAUUAAUGGAAUGGGCCAGAAGUUCAAUCACUU